CAUUUACUCAGAUUUCUAACUUAUUCUUGCAGAUUUGUUAUGUCGAGCCAUCAGUGCUGUACAUUUCACGAAACAAUCAAGAGUACAGCUUUUUGGUUUAACUACAGUAGAUUGAUGAAUGAAGAAAUUUCUAUGUAGGUCUACCAUCAACCAUCAUGUCAAAACAGUCAUACUUCUUUGACCAGAAAAUUCAACGCAAACCAAAGAAAAGAUCACGAAAGCAUCCUGAUGAACUUCCAAGAAGCCUGAGGUUUGCCAAUCUCAACCCAAGGUUGGCUGCAUUUCUUUCACAACAGGAUAAACAGCAGAGAUCUAAGAAACAAGAUGGUGACUGCGAUGGUAACACACCCAGAGAUGAAGAGUGCCAUAGUGGUGAUGAUCAAACCAAAACAAAAGCGAGCAUACUUCCUGACAUCCAUGGAAGUGAAAGUCUUUUCCGUCGGAUGUCAAUGCUGAGAGGUCUUCACGGAGGUAGUUUAGAAGAUGCCGCCUUUGAAUUUGAAGGGGAUUUUUCGCAGAAGCAGUUUUAUAAAGAAGCAGUGGUUGCUGCCCCUGGGCUAUUGUUACACCUGGCUCGGAUUUUGUAUCUGUUCGAGAACGAGCAUCUUGAUUUGCCGAGAGAGGUCAUGAAUGAAAUGCUUCAUAGCUUCAAAGAUUUGAUCAAAGAAGCUCAGUACACAAAGCGAGAAUGGCAGUGUCAGGAGAACUGGUUGAUACACAAACAAAUGCAAGAGGCCAAGAAUGCUGCUAGUGUACAAACAAUUGAAGAAAAUGAAUCCGAGAAUAAAGAAAACGAUAAUGAGAAUUCUGUAGAAGGAGAAAAGAAAAGAAGGAGGAGAAGGAAAAUUGAAGUGGACGACAGUAGUAAAAGCAAUUUGAAAGACGAUGCAACAGGAUGUUUGAAAGGUGCUGGUGCCAGUCAUUCUCAUAAAUCAGGUUCACGAAAUGAGAGAUGUCGGAGUUCUCUCAAACAAGAUCAUGGCAGUGGUGACCGGUUGAGGGUGCCCUCUACGGCUCGUGCUUCCAAUAUGAUGGGCAAGCUAAGUGACAGUAUGUCAAUCAUGUCAGAGGGGUUUCCUGAGGGUCAAGGCAGCCACCAGCCGAGCUUCCUUCAAGUCAUCAACUUUUCCAUGCAGUCUAAACUUUGUGAGGACAAGGGCUGGAUUGUACACCAGAAUGAACAAGAGUUACAAAUGGAGAGAGAGACCCUGGUGCAUUGGGCUCAGGAACGCUUGAAAAUGAGCAUACUGCAGUCUCAAGAGCAGCUGUCUAGAGCAAAGGAAUUAGGUUAUGACAAGCCGUUAGUCAACCGUUAUUAUGGAGAUACAAGGCGUGAAAACAUAAUGAAGUAUACAAGUAAAAAAGCUAGUGCUUCCAAGCAGAAUCUUCAAGGUACAAGUAAACUACCUCUCCCAAAGCUUCCACAGAUGGUGCAUGAUAGCCGGCCAAAGUUCUACACUAGCUUACCUGAUGGUUGUGCAACAGUUUAUUAUCCGUCUGGUCGGUGUGCCAUCAGCAUAAGUCGGAAUGGUAUAGAUAGGCCGGGAGUCUACGCCAUUGUGUACGCUGAUAGUGUGGAGUACCCAAUGCUUGCUGUCUUUACACCGUAUGGUAAAGCCUGCUGCUAUCACCCUAAUGGAUUGGCAAGAUUCAUAGCCAUGGAUAGGGCAGCGAUCGUUAUGGAAACAGACGGGACGGUGACUCAGAGGGUGAACUGGCCAUUACCUCAUUCCAAGCUUUCCUCACCAAUCUUCAUUCAGCUGAAUGAACAAGUGAGCUUCAAAUGUAGUAAUCGCAACCAGAUGGUCAUUGGCUUCUACUGCCAGAAGGAGUCGAUCAAGUUUCAAGUUGGACACAACAUCAAUACUGUUGAGCCACAGACACAAGAGAAUUUGGGUUAUCUUGCAACAAGUGAAACAUUUCUGUCAAAAGCUGCAGAGGAAAGCGUUAAACCUCCUUCACAGUCAAUCAGGAAAAUGGCCUCCUUUAGGGAUGGUAAGAGGGUCGGAAAAAAGGUUGCCAAGCCUAAGCCUAGCCCUCAGUCGCAGUUUCUUGAGAUGAUCAGAAAUAUGGAAAUUCCUGAAAGAGGCAAUUACGACAUAGCAGCAGAGAAGGAGCACAGUAGACUUCAACGCAAGGCUAAAAAUUUAUGUGAAGAUUGGAUGGAUCAUUACCGCCUAGCCCUAGGCAUCAUAUCGCCACACUUGCGCAACGUAACCAGCGGCCCAAGACGUUAUACUCGUUCCAUCAACUCUGCAAAAUCUGUCCCGGGAGGAUUUGCUCCAUGUCCCGAGCAGGUGUUUGACGAGCCCGAAAUACCUGACAUGGUGAGUAUACCGGAAGUGAAGAUUGCUACCCGUGUUCCAUCAGCCCCACCGAUGAAGUACGAAAUGAUUAGACGGCCCAUCAGUUCUCACUCUGUUGCUUCGAGAGCGUACAGUGCCGCCUCUGCUUCCAGCCGCAGAAAUCCGGAUGGGAAGGUACGGAUAGAAGUUGACGGACAACCUUUGGAAUGUAAACCAGUGACACCUGCUCCAUCAACAUGUCCUGAAACCAGUGCAGCAUCAUUGACGGCCGGUAUUCCUACCUGUACUUCACCAGUUCCUAAAUCAACGAAGGCAUCUUUUAUGGAUCCCAACGAAAAGAGACGUCUUCCAGCACCACUUAAAGGAUGUACUAUCGUAAUUCGUAAUGAGAUUUUCGGUGAGAUGAUGUCCACGUGCAAAUGCAGUCGUCAUCGUAUCCCAACGCUGACGGAUGUAGAAUUUGAACGCUUCAUCAACGAGGAAGUGACGCAAAAUCAGUUGAUCGUAGUCAGUGUGAUUUCGUCAGUUUUUCCUGAUUUAUCGACGCGCUCAGCGAUGUUGACAAAACUGUAUGAGCAUCAAAACAGAAAUAGAACAAAACCUUGUUUUCAAAGUCGUCUUGAUCCUUAUCGCCUACUAACAUAUGACAUUGCAAAUGCUGCGAUGUAUACAGACUUUGAUCAGCCUCUGCUACUACGGCGACACAACGUUGUUCCUGGUAUGUUUCUGAUGUAUAUGAAUGGCAAGCUGGUGUUCUGUGACCACAUCUUCAAUGGGUAUGGCAAUGCCAAAAAGGACUUCUUGAAGCAAGUGCUGAACAGUAAGAGAGGUGCCAAUGAAGGGAGCUUCUUACCAAAUGAUUUCAGAUUCAGUCCAAGUAGAGGAGCCUCUGGUUGCCGAUCUCCAUGGGGUGGGGAAAUCGGUGGCACAGGAGUGGAUAAUUUUGCUGGAACAGGCUUACCAGAUCUUCAAAAACAACUACCAAACGAAAGAAUCGCUUCUGCCUCAUCCACAAUAGAGGCUUCUUCAGCAAGAUUUAUAGCACCCUUUAAACGCACAACUUCAGCGGCAGACUUCUUGACAUACAGCUUAUCAAACACAAAUGAAAUGCUUCUAAGAACAGAUUAUGGGGUUCGACCACUGACCCACCCGAGUCAUCGCAUAAACCAGAAGCCCAAGCAAGGACUAGAGAGCCAACCUGUGUCACCAGUUAAAUGAGGGAGAGAAAAAUCAAGACAGGAGGCCAACGCACAGCAUCAGCAAAAUAUGCAAAUGAUGUGACAUAAAGUGAAGUAAACAACCAUUGCCAACUAGAACUGGUUAUCUCAGUUGGCAGAGCAUCAGAAUGGUACUCUGAAGGUAGCUGGUCUGGUUCAUUCAGGGAUCAAUACUUUCUGGAGAAACAGCAUGAUAUCCUGCUGUUGACUGCUGAUGUCGCCUCUAAAUAUCCAAUUUUUUUUUCUUGUCAGCAAUAUUAUGGAUCGUUUUGCUAAGGCCAGCCUUUUGGCUUUUGAUGCUGGUCUCCACAAAACAACAGCGUAAAUCACAGGUGGCCAAAGUGCUGCCCAACAGUGAUUUUUUUGCGGCCUGCAAAAAUGAAUUAAAAACCCUGUGUGUGCAGCCUGCCAAACAUAUUGACUAGAAAACACCUUGUUUUAAACGGUCCGAUACUGAUCAUCUGUAAAAAGUAAUGUUAAAACUGAGAAUAAAGUGGUAAAAAUGCAGUGCAGGAAGAUUUUUUGGAAGCACACUGGAAACAUCAGUGUUUGGGUGCAGCCCUCGGUGUUAAAUAAAAGAAUCACUUUGGCCCUCCAAUCGAUUUUUAUGCCCACCCCUGGCGUAAAUGAUGUAUGUUUGUCUCAAACCAUACACGUUUUAUUAGACAAGCAUGAGUUCCUGACUUUAUUCUGAUUCAUCAGCUGUUGAUGUUUUGAUUUUCACUCUGGAAAGGUCUAGUAUAGGUUAAAUAAAGCUGCAAACGUUAUUAUUUAAACAACAGCUUACAUCGUUACCAUUAUUAGAACUAUUAGAUAUAUAGUAUUACAGAAUAUUAAUCAUCAGCACCAUAAUCAUUAUUUAUAUUGUCAUCACCACCACAAUAAUCCUUACAAAUUAUAAUUACAUAACAAAUGUGUAACUGUAUUGUAGAGUAUAAAGUAUAGUUGAUGUAGGCCAAGGCCUAGAAUUCAUAUCUGUUUGAUAAAACCAUACUUCCUCUUAUCUGUCAGAUAUUUUGGUGCUGGUCGUGAAUAAACAAUAGCACAAUAAUAAUAUGUAGUCUAACAAAAGGAGAGCACACAAAAUAUAAAAAAAAAUAAUAAUAGAAAAUUAAGUGAAUAAAUUGGUGAUAGAUAAUACACAAAAUGUGUCGGUGUUAAUAUAUUGCUAAACAUGAAACUUCUUAAUUCUUUUAAACAAAGAGGCUUGUAAUUGCAUACUGUACUUUUAUUAUUUAGAACAAUUAAGUCUUGGUGGUCUAAUUGUAUGACAUUUUCUGUAAAAGUAAAGUUGUUUUUUUUGUAUAUAAUUUAUUCAGCUAUGUGCAAAACGAGUGAAAACCAGUUGCUUCCAAUCAGAAGGCCUAGUUUAUUUGAAAUAUUGAUGCUUUUAUUUACUAAUUAUACAUUUUCCUAUUUUUUUUAAAAUAAAAUAUAAAAGUGCAUAAUAUAACAUAAGAUAUCACAUUCCAUAUAUUGAAUAAUUCAAUAAUCCCACCAAGAUUUAUAGCAAUAGUAAUAAUUGCAAUGGAUAAUAUUGUUUUGUAUAGAAAUUAAGUAGCGCCUGGGAGCACUGUUUUUACUAUUAACUUUUGAAAAAGUGUGAACUUGCAAAGGAUAAUCAUAGCAUUUUCGAGGUGAUCAGUGGAGCAGCAACAGAAAACCCCUGCUAUAUAUCAAAACAUAAGAUUAUCAUGCUGUAACGGUUUGACCUCGAUUGACCUUGGAUCGAGCAUGCGCAGCUCCAACCAUUUUAUUAUUUUCCAUAAGCCUUGAUUUUUGUAUCACCUUGAAUCGUUUUUAAUGUUUUGUGUAGGGAGUUUUCAGAAAUAUUUUUGUGAGGGGAAAAUUGCUUUCAGAAAGGGAGAUUCCGGGAAUUUCAUAUUAUAUUCAAUCAUAAUUCAUAACUUAGGUUUGGAAUAUACAAAGUAUAAUUGUCUACCAGAUGGUAAUUUUAUUUGUUUAUUUUUUAAUUUGUGGAAAUAUUUUUUUAAGGGGGUAGUAUAAGCUGUCCAAGGCUCUAACCCUUUUAACCACCCCUCUCACGAAAGUAUUUCUGAACACUCCUGUGUUCGUUUAUGUAGCAAAGAAUAUGUAUAUAUUUGUUUAAUUUUGAAAUUAGAGUUUAUUUUAAUUUAAUUUAGUUUGGACUGAAAGCUUUUGUAUUCCAUAUUUUUGUACUUAGCAAUUGUGCCGGAAUGGUAGUUGCAAGCAAAUAAAUAGUUUAUUUAAAUCUGC